GAGUAAGCAAAAACGUGAGAAACUUCUUCGUUCUCAAAACCAGAAUACACACCUUCCCCUCUCUCUCUCUCUCUCGCUUCUCCGCACACAUUCACCACCUUCUGCACUGGUGCAGACGGGAGGUGAGGUUCUUUCACAAUGCCUCUUUUGAGGAGAAAGGCUUUUGCCUUGGUUGAGCCUCCUGAGGAUUUGAAGCUAGAUGAGCAGGUUUACACAAUUCGGUAUACAAAAGAAAUAUUUCGAGAUUAUCCUGAUUAUUUGAAACGAUUGAGUCUAUACCGCCAGAGGGUUUGGACGUGUAAUUUCACUGGAAAAACUGGCCUGACUUAUGAAGAAGCUUUGGUGUCAGAACAACGAGCCAAUGAGAAAGUCCAACAGAUUCCUAAAGAAUUCAUGGCUUCUGCUUUAAGAAUCAUUCAGUACAGUAUGCUCCCUUUGAAGGAUCUUGCCGAUUCAAUUGCUGAAAAAUUGAAUGAACGUUUGUUUGUGGGUGCUGAAGUGUAUGGGAAAAAGGAUGAUGGAGUAUGUCCAUGCAAAAUAUUAAAAGUCAUCAAGAAAGGAGUUGACCAAUUAUGUUAUGAGGUAGCUUGGCUCGACAAAAACAAGAAUAUAAGUGAAAAAGCCGAAAUCAGUGCAGAAGAUUUGGUGCAAAAGAAGCCGCUUUUUAGUAGAAAUACGUUGAAGUCCUUUAUUCGGGAAUCUACAUAUCGCAACGCCCCUUGGGUUUUAAAUGAAGAGCUGGCACUAAAUCAUGGAAUCUCAACUGAAAUUCCUCAGGAGUUGAAAGAAAGGGUUUUUUUCAAAGACGGACUUAUUGUUUGCUCCAAGAAAAGGAAAAAUGAGGAUGAAACUGAAAACUCUAAAAGGAAGAAGUUGGAUGGGAAACUAGUCAAUGGUUCUGCCGAAGAGAAAGAACCAAUCAAAUAUCCCAUUGAUGAUCUAUUGGUGAAGCGUAGUGCAGAUGAUCCUGUUUUCACCGAUCGUCCCUCUCCAACAAGAGACUUCAGUGUUCCAAUGUUUUGUGUAGGGGAUCUCUUAAUGGUUUGGGAUUUUUGUGCUUCUUUUGGUAAACCUUUGAACCUGUGGCCCUACUCUCUAGAAGAUUUUGAAAAUGCAAUCUGCCAUAAAGAUAGCAAUGUGGUCCUCCUUGUGGAAUCUCACGCGGCACUUUUUCGUGUUCUGAUCAAAGAGGAUGGUGAAUACUCUUCUAUUGUUAAGAAACGGAAGAUUACACUGAUUAAUUGGACAGAAUAUUUAUGUGAUUUUCUACAAAUGAUCAAUAUUCCUGCUCUCCGGCAACAUGAAGGAACCAUAAAGCGGGGACAUUAUGGCCUGUUAGAUGCCAAUGUUAAAUUAGGAAUCUUAUCUGAAUUGGUCAAUCAAGUACUAGAAACUGGAACUUUCAGGGAAACGAUGGAUGAGUUAAUGGAACAGCGGCAGGCACUUGGGGCCUCUAGAAGGGAAGAAGCACUGGAGGAGGGUAGGAGGAGAAGAGAAGAAAAGGAGCGGUUGAAAGCUGAGUUAGAAAGCAAUGGAAUUAUGAAUGGGCAUCAUCCAAACAGUGCAAAUGGAGAUGUGGGAAAGAAAAGUAAUGGAGAGAUACAAAAUGGAGACGUGGGAAAGAAAAGUAAUGGAAAGAUAGAAUCCUCCAGGCAAAACAAUCCAUUGGGCGCGAGUGGGACCAAGCAUUCAAAUUCUGCUUCUAAAAAAAUUCCUACGAAGUUGAAUUCUGAGCUGAAAGAACCAGUAGAAAAUGGAAAAGAUAUAUUGAAACAGUCAAAGGGUGACAAGGAUCCAUCAGAGAAAAAUAGUAAACAGAAGAAAGAAUAUUUUCAAAAGGAGAUGGAGAAACGAUUGAUUCGUAGAAGCCCAUUAGGUCAGGACAGAGAGCGCAAUAGGUAUUGGUGGUUUCAUCGUGAUUGGAGGAUAUUCGUUGAAAACAAAGACUCCACGGUGUGGGGAUACUACAGCAGCAAGGAAGAGCUUGAUGCGUUGAUGGGUUCACUGAAUUGCAAGGGUGUGCGAGAGAGAGCACUGCAGAAACAACUGGAAAAGUAUUAUAGUAGUAUAUGCUCAGAACUCCGGAAAAGAUCGAAGGAUUUGAUGUCCAAUACUGCAAGUGAUGAAUCCGUGCUUCGAAGGUCUACUCGUGUUCGAGCUCCACCUCGGCAAAAUCCUGCCAAUGCUUUCCUCAGAUAUGCUAACAAGUGGAAAGAAGAGUGAGUGAUAUGAGGAGGAAUAAAUAACGUUUACCUUAAACCUGAUUAAACCUAUAACUUUUAAUAGAGCAAGUUGGUUCAUAUUUUGAAGUAGGGAUUAAGUAGGUUUUGGAUCCAUUUUUCGAUGAUGGACAAGCAUGUAUAUGCUUGUUUCUGAAAUUUUGUACGAAUUUUACCAAUCUUCGAUAAAUAGUAGAAACUGGUACAAUGUAAGGCCUAUUUUUGGUCGAAGAUAUGAUUUCUUUUACUCC